UCGAAGUCGUGACUGCGACCAGGACCGGGACCGGGACCCUGGCCGGAGCCGCCCCGCAGUGUCCCCGGCCCGCAGUGUCCCCGGCCCGGCCGCGAUGGCAGCAGCCGAGGGGAGUAAACUUUGGGGUGGAAGAUUCAGUGGAAGCACAGAUCCCAUCAUGGAGAUGCUCAAUGCUUCCAUCAGCUAUGACCAGAGGCUGGCUGAGGUGGACAUCCAGGGCAGCAUGGCUUAUGCCAAAGCCUUGGAGAAGUCUGGGAUCCUGUCUAAUGCUGAGCUGGAGAAGAUCCUGGGUGGCCUGGAAAAGAUCUCUGAGGAAUGGUCCAAGGGAGUGUUUGCUGUGAUCCAGACUGAUGAGGACAUCCACACUGCCAACGAGCGCAGGCUGAAGGAGCUGAUUGGAGACGUAGCUGGGAAGUUGCACACUGGCAGAAGCAGGAAUGAUCAGGUUGUGACUGACCUGAAGCUGUUCAUGAAGAAUUCCCUCUCCAUCAUCUCCACGCACCUCCUGAGGCUCACUGAGACCCUGGUGGAACGUGCUGCCAUAGAAAUCGAUGUGAUCCUGCCUGGCUACACCCACCUGCAGAAAGCUCAGCCCAUCCGAUGGAGCCAGUUCCUGCUCAGCCAUGCUGUUGCCCUGACCCGUGAUUCUGAGCGCCUGGGAGAGGUGAAGAGGAGGAUCAAUGUCUUGCCUUUAGGGAGUGGAGCUCUGGCUGGAAAUGCCCUGGGAAUCGACAGAGAGCUGCUGUGCAGUGAGCUGGACUUUGCUUCCAUCAGCCUGAACAGCAUGGAUGCUGUCAGCGAGAGGGACUUUGUGGUGGAAUUCCUCUCUGCUGCCACCCUGCUGAUGAUCCACCUCAGCAAGAUGGCUGAGGAUCUCAUCAUCUACAGCACCAGCGAGUUUGGCUUCCUGACCCUCUCUGAUGCCUACAGCACUGGCAGCAGCCUGAUGCCUCAGAAGAAGAACCCCGACAGUCUGGAGCUGAUCCGCAGCAAAGCCGGGCGAGUGUUUGGCCGGUUGGCUGCAAUUCUGAUGGUCCUCAAAGGACUCCCGAGCACCUACAACAAGGACCUGCAGGAGGACAAGGAGGCUGUCUUUGAUGUCGUAGACACCCUGAAUGCUGUGCUCCAGGUUGCCACUGGAGUGAUUUCCACCCUCAAGAUCAACAAGGAGAGCAUGGAGAGGGCGCUGAGCCCGGAGAUGUUGGCUACUGACCUGGCUCUGUACCUGGUUCGGAAGGGAAUGCCCUUCAGACAAGCCCACGUGGCCUCUGGCAAGGCCGUGCAGCUGGCUGAGACCAAAGGCAUCACCAUCAACAAACUCAGCCUGGAGGAGCUGCAGAACAUCAGCCCCCUGUUUGGCAGCGACGUGGCGCAGGUGUUCAGCGUGCUGAGCAGCGUGGAGCAGUACACGGCCGCGGGCGGCACCGCCAAGAGCAGCGUCUCCGCCCAGAUCGAGCAGCUGCGGGAGCUGCUCAAGAGGCUCAAGGAGCAGGCUUAGAGUGUGGGGAGAGAUCCCGUGCCACUGGUCUGGAGUUAAUAAACACUGAAGUGUCUAUAA